AUGCCCUCUAAUCACGUGACUUGCAUAGAUGACGUAGUUGCGAACUACGAUAACAUCAUAUUUGACUGCGAUGGUGUCAUCUGGCAAGGUGGGCAUCUGAUACCCGGAGUUGACGAGUGUUUGAAGGCUCUAAACGAUGCUGGCAAGAGGUGUGCAUUUAUGACGAACACGAGCUCGAGGUCCCGAGCGGGCAUGCGAGGAAAGUUCGGCGACAUGGGAUUGGGCGGUGAGCCUUUGGGUGAGGAGAGGUUCAGAAUAAUAGCAGAGGAGAUGGCACGAGAAUCGAAUUCGAAGAUCGAUGGAAUCGUUGUUGGUUGGGACCUGGCGUUCUCAUUCGAGAAAAUCUGCAGAGCUUCGCUGGCCUUCCAGAUGGCUGGGGAGGAGUUCUUCUUCUACGCAACUAAUGACGAUUCGUUCGACAGGAUGGGGCCUUGGAAGAUCCCUGCUACUGGUGUCAUCUUGGCUUCAAUCAAUGCAGCGGCGAGGUUCAGUGAUCGACAAGAUGCCCAAGUCCUCGGAAAGCCCAAUCCCGAAUUUUUACGAUUUGUUAUGACUGAGCUGGAGUUCGAGGCAUCCCGGACAUUGGUCGUUGGAGACAGACUCGACACAGAUAUUCUCAUGGCCCAGCGUGCUCGUGUUGCCUCUUGCUUAGCUCUGUCGGGAUGCUGCUCGAAAGCCGACCUGGAAAAUAGUAGCGUGAAACCAGAUUUCGUGAUUGAUAGUGUGGGGACUGCAUGA